CAGUAGCCUCAAUAAAAUUUUAUUCUUCAAAACAAGGUCAUGGCAACAUUCAAUAACCUUUGUCUAAUGGUAGUAGUCUCCAUGGUCAUUACAGCUUUGUUGGUCAAAACAGGACAUUCAUACGAAGAUCAAUCAUCUGAGGAAGCUGUCCCUCCAAUGACUGAUGUUGAAGAACACUUGGUUGCUUGUAUAAUGAAGUUGCAAAGACCUUGUGAUGAGCUCUAUGUGUUCGGUACAAUAUUCUUUGGUAACAAAAGGAUUAGCAAAGAUUGUUGCACCAAUAUUCAUGACAUGGGAAAACCAUGCCAUGAUGCAUUGACAACAUAUUUUAUAGGAUUACCAAAAUUUGAAGCAAAGAGAACCCAAAUUUUAGAGAGGAGUAACCAAGUUUGGAAGCAAUGCAACAACACUUCUGCCCAACUAGAUCAUGAAGUUCCAAACAAUAAUCUUGCUAGUGAUGCAGGUUAUGUUCCAACUGAUCCACCUGUAAGCCCAUCAUAUGAAAAUUAUUUAAGGGAUUGUGCAGCUAAAUUGCAUCCACAUUGUGGUGACCAGUUUUAUGCUGGGAUAUUUUAUGGCAGGGGUACAAUUAGUAAAGAUUGCUGCAAAAACGUUGUCACGGAUGUAGGGAAAACUUGCUAUGAUAACAUGACCAAAUAUGUUUUGGGAUCACCGCAGUUUAAGGAAAAUGAGGCCCAAAUUAUGAAUAGGAGUAACCAAAUUUGGAAUGAUUGUACUUUAGAUUAGUCGGUAAUCUCUGAAGAAAGAAGUUUCAUAAUUUGAAUGCUUAUAUGUUAUUGUAAUUCUUAUUAUG